CGUGUUUACUUACGGAGCACACAGAAGCCACUUCUGAGCAUGGCUUUUUUUUUUCAAAUCACGUAAUUCAUGAAGAAUAAGAUAAAUCAAGAUUAAUGUAUACAUUUUAUUUCUGACUGGCAUGUGAUGGUCAACGCUGCACUGAACUGCUUCGUUAUUUAAACCAUGUGUCUGAACUCCAAGCGACAAUGCUUUGGCUCCUUUUGUGCAUCGUGGAUGUUCUUGUGGCCUCGUUUGAGGUGACUAUCCCUAAUAAACAUCUGCUGGCAAUUCAAGGUCGUCCAGCUGUACUGGGCUGUGAGUUCACACCGGAUCCUGACCUCUCCAGUCUCGUUGUUACCUGGCAACGACUGGAAGAUGCACGGGUUGUCCACAGUUACUAUUAUCAACAGGACCAAUUGGACCGACAGAGUCCAGAAUACCACACUCGGACCUCAUUGUAUGUUUCAGAGCUUCAUAAAGGAAAUGGCUCUCUAAGGAUUGCAGCAGUUAGACCAAAAGAUGCAGGCCAAUACAUGUGCAUAGUGAGCAACACAAAGGGAACAGGAAAAGACUUGAUGGAAGUGACCUAUGAAGCCUCGUUUGAGGUGACUAUCCCUAAUAAACAUCUGGUAGCAAUCCGAGGUCGUUCAGCUGUACUGGGCUGUGAGUUCACACCUGAUCCUGACCUCUCCAACUUGGUUAUUACCUGGCAAAGACAGGAAGAUGCACGGGUUGUCCACAGUUACUAUUAUCAACAGGACCAAUUGGACAGACAGAGUCCAGAAUACCACACUCGGACCUCAUUGUAUGUUUCAGAGCUUCAUAAAGGAAAUGGCUCUCUAAGGAUUGCAGCAGUUAGACCAAAAGAUGCAGGUUGGUACCUGUGCACAGUGAGCAACACAAAGGGAACAGGAAGAGCCUUGAUGGAAGUGACCUAUGGAGCUCUUUACUCUGAGCCCAGGUUAAGCAUCCACGUAAACUCCUCUGCUUUGAAAGUGCAGUUUGAGACAGAAGGUUUUCCCAAACCUGAGGUGAUCUGGCUGGGGGAACAUGACCAGAACCUCAGCUAUAACCUGGAGAUCCACGGACAGACAGAAGAUGGACUUUAUUUCAUAAAGACCAUCUGUGAGGCCCAGAAGCCAGUGAUUAAUAUCUCAUUUACACUUAAAAAUCCCCUCCUGAACCAGAACCUGCAGAGACCAGUGGUUCUCAGCUAUGAUGAGGACACCACAGACCAUAUGGUCAUAGUACUUGCUGUCCUCUCAAUGGUUUGCAUUCUUCUGGUUAUUGGCAUCAUAUGGUUAGCAGUGCAGAAGCAGAACAAGCAGAGAUCUACCCUGUGAUGAACCGUGAGAAUUAAUGAAUGGUGAUGUAGCUGUUCCCAAAAGAUCUGCAUGCGUGCAUGUUUUGACUUUUUGUGCUAAACAUUACUGGCAUUCAUAAAAUGCAAAUAGAGCAUAAGUUCAUCAAACUUUUCUUGCGUUAACUGAAAAUAAUUGCAAAAUAUACUUAUUUUACGCAUGAAUGGAUUUUUUAAAUAAUUUACACAUCAACGAAUGUCAGAGACCGUUAAAGUAGGAGUCAUAUGGGUGUGUGCACCCAGUAAUUUCUACAUUUUUUGCAGCUUAUUUAUUAACUGACAGUUGCGCAGUUUUAUAACAUUGUUUUAAAAAAUAUAAUAAUAUUUUAUAUGGAAUUUAUUUUAAAUAUAAAGUAAAAGUGACAUGACAUACAUCCAAGUAUAGUGACCCAUACUCCGAAUUCAUUCUCUGCUUUUAACCCAUCCAAAGUGCACACACACACAGCAGUGAACACACACACACCGUGAACACCCAGAGCAGUGGGCAGCCAUUUAUGCUGCAGCACCCAGGGAGCAGUUGGAGGUUCAGUGCCUUGCUCAAGGGCACCUCAGUCGUGGUAUUGAGGGUGGAGAGAGCACUGUACAUGCACUCCCCUCACCUACAAUUCCUGCAAGCCCAAGACUCGAACUCACAACCCUUGGAUUGCGAGUCCGACUCUCUAACCAUUAGGCCACGACUAUCUAACAGUACCACUAUGGUUUUUUUAUCCUCACACUUUUAAUUGUCAGUGAAAUAUUUCAGAUUUUAAAUAUUACAAAACAUAAUCCUGUACUUUACAAGAUAAAAUUAUAUCUUGUACAUACCUUGACAUAAGUAAUACACUGAACAUUUGCGUAUGUUUAAGUUUGUAAUAAAUAUCUUAAGCAGUGAUAGAACUAUGGAGACAAUCAGGUAAAUGCAUGAAUGAAUGAUGCAUUUAAAGCGCUUUAUUGUGUAUUGCUGUACACCCAAAGUGCUUUACAAUCAUUACAUAUACAGUACAUUUGGUCAUUUUGCAGACGCUUUUAUGCAAAGCAACUUACAAAGGAGGACAAUCAAAAUCAAAAAAAAAAAAAAAAAGUCUCCGUUACCUUAAUGUAGUACACAUAGCAAGUUUUAUUAUAUAGUAAAUAAAAAGAAAACAGAUAGAAUAGAAAAAUAAUAGAGCAUGCUAGUGUUAGAGGCCUAUUUUUGCUUUUAAUAAUUGUAAAAACAAAUAAAAUUGUUUGAAUGCAACACGAUUAGAGAAGCUAGUAUUGACUUCAGUAAAUCAGGCCACUACACAAUAAUUGUGAAACCAUCAACAGCAAACUAUCAUGUACUGCAAAUGUGUCUAACACACUAUCACAACAGCCAAAAAAUAAAAAUAAAAUAUUGAAUAUAAGACUUAAGAACCCAACUAAUGGAAACACCAAUCACCAUUAUGGUGACUUGAAUUUAACAAACAUUAGAUUUAAACCCCUGUUAAUUCUCAGCAACUUCUGUAGAACUCUAACAGAAAUAAAGUCAGUCUGGUUAGUAAUAAGUGAAGCUUGUAAUGCUGUUUGUGGAUUUGUUUAACCUUCCUCUGCUGUGAUACUGAGAGAUUUUCAUCUAAGGCAGUGGCUGCAGUCAGUUGUUGUGUGUCUGUUCAUCUCUUUUUUUCCUAUUCUCUUCUUUCCUUCAGUGAUUUUGCUUGUUAACAAGCUUAGACAUGCUGAGAGGAUUCAGUUUUUGUGGCUCAAUGUGAUUUAUUUCUUUGAUCUUGGCUGACGUGGAAUUGCUGUGGCUUGCUUUCAGCCCAGAUUUGGCAAACAGGAGCAGUCUGCACAAGUGCCCUCAUUCCAUGCUACCUGUGGGCCAGAUCAUAAUUCUACAGCUGCCAGAUGUGGGCUGGAACUGGGCCAACAAUAUGUUUCUAUCAUCUGGGUACUGGGUCAUUAGAACCCAUGGGUGAGCACCCCCUAAUGGCCUCAAUAAUACCUCUUCCAGCAGCAACAUUUUUUUUUUGGUUUUCCCAGGAGGUCUCCCAUCCAGAGACUGACCAGGCUUAAUUCUGCUUAUCUUGAGUGGGCAACCAGUCUUGUGCUGCUGGGUGAUAUGACUGUGGGGAAAUUUAGGCAUGCAUACAUUACAAAUCCAGAUCAAAUAUAAUUUCACACAAUUUAAGCAUUGCACUCUGUCUGUAAACCUUUUUAGAAAUAGGUGUUAUCGUAAUUCUCUGUUCUCUUGUUUCGCAAUCAAUAUAGGGAGGGGACUGCCAUAUUGACAGCUUUGAUGAAUUGUAUUUAUAAGUAAAAAGGUUAUGGUCUUUAUUUUUCUCUUCAAUGCAGCUCAGUGAAAACAAUAUUUGUAGGGAAAACUGACAAACAGGUAUAGAAUUUCAUGAGGGUAUUAGAUUAUUACCACAUUUACAUCCUGGUAGUUCACCUUAAAAAACUGAUAUUCUGUCAUCAGGUAUGCAUCUACAUGUCAUUUCAAUGUCAUUUCAAACCUGCAUGACGUACCGUCUUCUCUGAAACACAAAAUAUUUCAAGUUUUCAACUGUUUUGUCCACACAAUGAAAGUUAAUGCCAUUCAAAACAACACUGGAUACCCCUGACUUUCACUGUAUGGGCCAUAUUUAUUAUUAAACUGGAAUUGAUUUAACACUAUAUUGAUGUCAAGCUUGAAGCAUGUUUCUUGAGGAGGGAAAACAUUGAAGACCCUGCAGAGACAUGUAUGAAAUUCAUUCAAUCUCAAAUUCGUUCACACAGUGGUAGUGAUGCAUUUCACAAAUAUCAAUUGUUUAUUCAGUCCAGUCUGUAAAAACUAAGUGACCUAGGAAAAAUGUGUUGUAUGUUUUUGUUUUCUUUUAUUUUUGUAUUUUUUUUACUCUGCAGUCAAAUCACUGACACAUUGUAACUUGAAUGAUGGUGGUAACAAAACAAAUCUGUACUAACAAGGUUUAUGAAUACUGCUAGAUGCAUGACUUGCUUCAAAUGUCAUUCAGAGUAACCUGAAGCUGGUGAAAAUUACACACUACAUUUAGAACAAAUCACAACCCGGCAUCCUUCUGUUAGCUUAUGCAUUAAUAUAACGUAUUGUAGCAAUAAUUUUACAUAGUUGUUUAUUCAUCAAAUGUUAAAUGACUAUGAUGUGUUAAAUUACUAUGUCCUUCAGUUUCAUCUUUUUAAGAUGGUCUUUGUCUUGGUUAAAAGUCAAGUAAACAAAAAAAACCUCCCAUUUUAUUUUGUUUGUUAACCUAUGACAUUACAUAUUUUUGGUAUAUAAUGUCACAGGUUAUUGGUAGUGUGGCAUAAUGCUAAAUAAACCAGUUAAUAUAUAUAUGUAUUUUUAUUUUCAUUCUUUUCUUCUGAGGUGAUGUGAAGAAUGUUUUUCUCAGUGACAUACAAAGGACUGUUAUUCUUAAGAUAAUAAACAUUACCUCAUGCA